GUGGUGCUGUUGCGGGGUGGGGGCUCAGCCAGAGCAGGGGCGGGCAGAGGCCAGACGGGGCACCCGCUGCUCGUCUCCUCGGCCAGCGGCAAGGCGGCCGGCGAAGCUGCGGAGGAGAGGCGGAGGCUGUUCCAGAGCAAGCGGAAGGAGCCCGCCGAGGACGCAGCCCAGCGCGCUACGCGGCUCAAGGCGUUUCCCUGCAAGAGGUUCAGGGAGGGCACCUGUCAGCGCGGGGACAAGUGCUGUUACUUACACAGUCCUCCGACACCCGGGGCCCCCGCUGAUGCCCCCCACACUGCCUGUCCAGAGACCGCCAGCCAGAACCCCCCUGGGCCUGGGGCUGCUGCGGGACCCGGCAUAGACUGAACCAAUAAAGAUGUCGCCUGCCCGUGA